ACACAGAUAUCUAUAUUAUACUAUAUAGACAAUAUAUUUAUAUAUAUGUAUAACCAUAUAGAUAUCUGUGAUCAAUUAUAGCAUUGAGCAGUCUUUCUUUUCUGUGGAUAAUAUUGCACAUAAUAUUAAAAUUAAUUUAAUUUUAAAUUAUGUCAACCAAUGAUGAUGAAAUCAAUGAUGUAGUUAAUACUGAAACAUUAGUGUACUCAGCAGAAGUACAAAAAGCAAUAGACGAGGUAUAAAUUUUAUAAUAUUUUAUUAUUUUACUAUUUUAUAUCAAAUAUGUAUUAUAAUAUGAUCAUAGAUACUACCAAGUGAUGAUCCAUUAGAUAAGCCUGAUUUCGACACAAUAGAUUAUAUUAACAACCUGUUUCCUACAGAACAAUCACUCACUAAUAUAGAUGAUGUAAUUAGUUCACUAGAAUGCAAAGUGGACUCAAUAGAUAAUGAUAUUCGAUCAGUUAUUCGAGGACAAAUUGAAGUUAAUAAGGUAAUGUUAAUGUUACAAUUUAAAUAUAUUGUCUACCAUAUUAUGAUUGUUAAUUUAGGAUGGUAAAGCUGAGCUUGAAGAAGCUCAACGUUAUAUUAAACACCUAUUCAGUCAAAUAAGAGAGAUCAAACAAAAAGCUGAACAUAGCGAAGAAAUCGUUAAAGAAAUUACAUUAGAUAUUAAACAAUUAGACUGUGCUAAAAAGAAUCUCACUACAUCCAUAACAACAUUAAAUAAUUUACAUAUGCUUGUUUCUGGUAUUGAGUCGCUUAGGUACGUUAUUAACACUCAUACUUAUAUACCUAUAUUAGCAGUAUUAAGCAUGUAUAUAAUAUUUUUUUUAAAAAACUUUAUUUUAAUAUAUAAAUUUACAUAGAGGUUUAACAACAAAACGAAAAUAUGGAGAAAUUGUCAUGCCCCUGCAAGGUGUAACUGAUGUUAUGAAAAAUUUUAAGAACUAUACAGAUAUACCACAUAUUGCUCAAUUAGCUACUGAAGUAAAUACUAUUAAUUCAUUUUUUAUUUAUUUGUCCUAUUUUUAUGUACCAUUAAUUUACAGGUAAAACAACUUCAGGAAUCACUAGCAACACAAAUUAUGGCAGAUUUCCGUGAAGCUUUUUCUGGGCCUAAUGCAAAAAAUUUUGUACCCAAUCGACAGAUGGCUGAGGCAUGUUUAGUUGUUUCAAUUUUAGAACCCAAAGUCAAGUAAAGUAUUACUUAAAGUAAACAUUCUUUUUAUAAAAAGUCACUUUAUUUUUUAGAGCCGAAUUAUUAGAAUGGUUUAUAGAUCUUCAAUUAUCUGAGUAUACACAUUUAUUUGACAGUACAGAAGAUGUAGCUUGGUUAGAUAAAGUUAAUCAGCGUUAUGCUUGGUUUAAACGACAACUUUUACAGUGUGAAGAGAAAUUUGGUACCAUGUUUCCUAUUCAAUGGGAACUGUCUGAAAGAAUUGCUGUUGAAUUUUGUAAAAUCACAAAGUAUAUAAACUUUAACAUUAACUGUAAGUUAAAAAUGUUUAGAACCUUAAAUAAUUAAAUAGAAUUUUGUAGGAAUGAGCUGUCUAAAUUGAUGUGUAAAAGAAAAAAUGAGAUUGAUGUUAAACUUUUACUGUAUGCUAUUCAAAAAACAGUUGCAUUUGAAAAUUUGAUGGCUAAAACUUUUAAUGGAAGUACUGUAGUUCAAAAUGAUGAAAAAUCUUUGAACAAUAAAACUGUUAGUAUUUAUUUAUACUUAUUUUAAUAAUAAAUACAAUUGUAAUUUAAUUACUUUUGUUUUUUUUUUAGAAACCAUCAAAUAUCAGUAACACUGAAAUAGAAGAAAUUCUUCAGCCAUUUUCAGAAGAAUUACAAAUCUCUGAUGAUUUAUUAGGAAAUAUUCCAUCACAAAGUCAGAGAAACGAUCCAAAACAAAAUUCUUCUCCUUUCUAUGGUUUGAUAAGUGAUUGUUUUCAACCAUUUCUUUAUAUUUAUAUUGAUAGUGUUGAUAAGUGAGUAUUGACUGAAAUUAUAACUGAAAUUUAAAGAUAAGAUUUUAUAAGAAAAUGUAUGAAAUUAAAUUCCUUAUAUUUUAAGAAACCUAUCAGAAUUGGUUGAACGCUUUGUGAAUGACAUUAAGAUAACACUAGCUAAAGAAAAUAUUGAUGAUCAAACUGCUACUGUUCUACCAAAUUGUGCUGAUUUAUUCCUUUUUUAUAAAAAGUCUCUAGGUCAAUGCACUGAACUCAGUAACCACAAUCCAAUGCUUGCAUUAGCAAUAGUAUUUAAAAAAUAUCUAAAAGAAUAUGCAACUAAAAUAUUAGAAGCUAAUCUUCCUAAGUAUAAAAUUUAUGUUAACUUUAACAUGUUGUUAAAAUAUUAUUAAAAUAUAUUUACAUUUAUAGAAUAAAUCAUCCAGCUACUUCUUUAACAACAAAUAUGUCUAAUCUUACUAAAGAUUUAAUAAAAGAUUUACAACUUCUUCCAAGUGGAAUGACUGAUGCGAGUGUUAAAAAUAUAAAUUGUACUUCACAAGAAUUAGCUAAAAUAUGUUGGUAAGAAACUAAUUCUAAGCUUAAAAUUGUAUAUUUGCCGAUAGUAUGCAUAAUAUGUAUUUUAUUUUGGUCCUAGUAUAUUAACUACUGCUGAUUAUUGUAUGGAAACAACACAACAGUUGGAAGAAAAGUUAAAAGAAAAAAUUGAUCCUGGUUUAAUAGGAAAAAUUAGCAUGGUUAAUGAACAAGAUACAUUUCAAAAGUAUAAAGCCUAUAGGGAAUUCAAAAUAAGUAAAAUGCUUAUUUUAUUUUUGUUUCAGCAUAAUUUUCAUGUCCAUUAACAUAUUAGUUCAGUAUUUAGAAGCUGACUUAGAGCCUGCGUUAAAUAAUAUGCUUAAAGUAUAUUUAAAUAAUACAUAAACAUUAAUUCUUUAAAUUUUUAACAACAUUUUUCUUCAAGGUUCCUUGGCAAAAUAUCACUGCUGUUGGUGAUCAGAGUGAAUAUGUUACUAUUAUGACUACACAUUUGAGAGCGGUUGUCCCUGUGGUCCGGACAUAUUUAUCAACAUCUAGAAAAUAUUUUACAAAGUUCUGUAUUACUUUUGCAAAGUAAGUUUUUAAAAUAAUAUUUUAUCCUUUAAGAGAAUUUUGUAAAAAUUAAAUUAUGUACUUUUUGUUAUAUAUUCUAAUAUAAUAACAGUAUGUAAAAAAAUAUUCUAUUUAAAAAAAUUGAAUAUUCUACCUAAUAAUUUAUUUUUUUUAGUUCUUUCAUACCAAAAUUCAUACAACAUUUAUAUAAGUGCAAGCCACUAUCAAAUAUUGGUGCUGAACAAUUGUUAUUAGAUACACAUUCACUAAAAACUAUUUUGUUAGAUUUACCAUCAAUGAACCUUGAUGAUAACAGGAAAGCUCCUGCUAGGUAAUAAAAAUGUAUUAUUAGUUAUUAUUAUUGUAUAUAUUUAUUUGUAUAUUAUGCAAUUUUUCAUCAAUUUUAUAUUUUAGUUAUACAAAGGUAGUUGUGAAAGGGAUGACAAAAGCAGAAAUGAUAUUGAAAUUAGUAAUGGCGCCUACUAUGAAGCACUAUACAUCUUUUGUUGAUCAGUAUUUAAAAUUGUUACCAGAAUCCGAUAUGACAGAAUUUCAGAAAAUAUUAGAAAUGAAGGUAUUUUAUUAUUAUUAUUAUUAUUAAUCUACAUUGUAUGUACAUUUUUAAUUAAUUGUUACAAACAAUUUUGUUAUAGGGUUUAAAAGCAGCUGAAAGAAAUGAGUUAUUGAAUUUAUUUAGACCUAGAAAUCCAACUGGUAGUUUUGUAACAAGCACAGCAGCUUUAUCUAGUUUGAAACAAUACACAAGUCGGAUAAAAAAGAAUUUGAUAUCUAACUGAAAUACCUAGUCAUUUAACAUCAAAUACAAAUUUUUGUUGUCCAGUCCAUAUUAUUUAUUCAUCAUUUUUUAUCAUUUAAAUUUUAAAACUGUAUUAAAGAGCCUCCACAAUUUUUUUUUUUUAAAUGAACAAUAUUUCUAGAAAAUAAUGGGAUUAAGGAGCCUCUACACACAAUUUGUUUUCUCUGUCUAUCUUACACAUAAUAUAGUAACAAAUUAUUUUGCAAUUUCCACAAUUACAACUCAUACAUUUUAUAAAUAAGAGUAUUUACUUUACCUUAGUAUAAUCAUUUAUUAAUGUUAUCAAAUUAUUAUUUUUUUUUCUUAUUGUACAUUGCAUUUACUAAUACCUUAUUUUAUGUGGAUGAGGAAAUACUUCUGUCAAAAUAACUUCAUAGCUAAAAUUAAAUAUAACACAAGGAAAUUUUUGUUUGUUUGAAAUCUGAAAUUACAUACAUAAAGGUUCAAAAAGUAUCUCCACCAAUAAUUUAUACAACACAUCAUACUGAUUGAUUAAAUUUAAUCCAUUCUUUAAAGCUCUAAAUGUUUAAAAUCAUGUUUUUAUUAAAAUAAUCAUAAUAUUUAGUUUUAAAUGAUAAAAUAAUUAAAUAAAAACAAAAUUAUUAAAAUGGUUAAUACUCAUAAAUAAAUAUAUAAACAAAAAAUGUAUGUAUAGAAAUGAACAAUAAAUAAAUGAAAUUUAUGAUUGCAUUGCCUGGAGUAUUAUGAUAAGUAUAUUAUACAACCUGUUUCUAAUUAAAAAUUCAUCAUCAGGUAUAUCAUACCUGAUAAAUAUUACAUAUUUGAAAUGUAAAACACGACUCAACUGACUGAGAUAUACCUGAUGAUGAAUUUUUAAUUUGAAACCGGUUAUCAUAAUACUCAUAAUACUUCAGGCCAUGUAAUCAUUCAUUUAUACAUUUAUUUACUAUAUUUAGUUUUAGAUUUUAGUGAACUUGCUUCAGUCAUCAAAAUAAUAAUUGACUGCAUAUUAACAUUUAUUAUCGUUGAUAGUGGAUAGUUAUUUUAUCUUUUAUUGUACUUUGGUAAAGACAUUAAAGUUCAUUUGUUGAGUCAGAUUAUUAAUUUGAU